GUCAGUAUUGUAUCGUCCUAGCGGACUACUUAAAAGUUUUGUGGAGCGCGCAAUUCUUCGCGUAUGGUCAUCUUUGUUGUGGAAUGUCCAUAAUCGCUCAUAAUUUUGGAUGGAUAUAUUGAUAUGUUUGUAAAGUGGCCAGACGUAUUAACAUAGACUUUUGCUUUGGAAUAUAACUGACUGAUUCUAUAGACGUUCUGUGUCUAAACUAGUUAUUUCAUCUGUUAGCUUUAUUAUCACCUGUUGUCUGUACUGAAUCGCAAGUUGAUUCAUAUAUGUUACAUGUUUUCUUCAAGAGUGUUUUUGUCCACUCGGAUACUUGGCUAGCCUCGUUUUAUCAAAUACUCUGAAAUCCUUUUUUAGCCCGCUACUGUUUUGGUUCUCAUAACACACUGUGAUUUCAUUUGGUUAACGGAUUUUUAUUUAGUUUAAAAAUGAAUGCAAGUCAGCACGGUCAAUGUGAGACUGAUUCUACUUGUGACGCACGGUCUGCUACUAGCGGCAGCUCCGUCUCAUCUCAAGAUUCUUCUAGAUUCUGUCAAAAUAAAGAUUCGGGAAAUUUCUGUGUUUGUGCUGCUCCUGAUUGUGCUACGAGAAAAUUCACUCCCUACAGUAAAGCAUAUCCGAACUUAAAUAAGUUGACGUCGACAAUAAGUGACACACCAACAAUGAAUUUGCCGGACGAUUUACAGCAGUCAUCAAAGCCAAAGUUAGGUACUUAUGUAAUUGAAAGAACUAUCGGAAAGGGUAUCUUCUCAUCAGUCAAACUCGCUAGGCAUACAAUAACUGGGAUUUUCGUUGCAAUUAAAAUUAUUGACAAAUCCUGCCUUAGUCCCGAAAACCUGAAGAAAGUGUAUCGGGAAUCGGAUAUAUUGAAGGAACUUCACCAUUCAAAUGUCGUCAAACUUUACCAGGUUAUGGAAACCCAAAGAUUGCUAUGUAUGGUAAUGGAGUAUGUUUCAAAUGGAGAAUUAUUUGACUACAUAGCUACGUAUGGACGAUUCUCUGAAGUUGAUGCGCGGGUAAAAUUCUUGGAUGUGCUUUCAGCUGUCGACUAUAUACAUUCAUGUGGUAUAGUGCAUAGAGAUCUCAAGGCAGAAAAUAUAUUGUUAGAUUCAGAAAUGAAUAUCAAACUAGUAGAUUUCAGCUUUGGAACACACUUUAAUUCACCUACUCAUCUGCUAAAUACCUGGUGUGGUAGUCCUCCAUAUGCUGCACCGGAAAUAUUUUUAGGCGAGCCAUAUGUUGGCGUAAAAGCCGAUAUCUGGAGUCUUGGUGUAAUCCUUUAUGUAAUGGUUUGUGGUGCUCUUCCGUUUGACGCUCAGUCUCUUCCUCAUCUGAAAAAUCAAGUUCUUUCCGCCAGUUUCCGUGUUCCGUAUUGGCUUUCUAUGGCAUGUGAACAAGUUAUACGUAGUAUGCUGUCUAGAGAACCAAGUGAACGUCCAAAUACUAAACGUAUUAGUCAAUUUCCAUGGUUCACAUCAUCAACAAUUCAUAGUAGCGGUUACCGUGAAAAGAAUAUUGCAAAUGUUAUGUCUAAUUCAUUGGCCACAAUGCAUUUAAAUAAUCAACCGAAUAAUUUGCAUAAACGACAAAUAUUAGCUCCUAAUCCUCCUGGUAAUACAAAAAAUUCUAACAAAUCAACUGAGUGUGAUUUAAUUCAACCAAUGUUUAUUUUGAAACAUUGUUCUUGUGAUUGUACAUCGAAAUUUUCAUGGAGUAAAGAUGAUUUACAAAGUCCUGGACCAAAUCUAGCUGCUGAAAUGAGAGUCGGUAAGCUAAACGAAUUGGUUAUUAUGAUCAUGGAGUCGUAUGGAAUGUGUCGUACACAAAUUCUCAAAUCACUUCUACGUUGUGCCUACGAUCAUAUAACAGCUACUUAUCUCUUAUUGGGUGAAAAAUUACGCCUACAUAACCUUAACAUUGACACAGCUAAUACACCCAUCACAGAUUCUGGAAUAAUUAUGCCCAAUUGUGAUCAUCCAAGAACAUCGUGUUAUUCAAUCAUGAAUCCAGAGGAGAAUGAAAAUGUAUUGCAUACAUCUCAUCCAAAAGAUGCAAUUGAUAACUCAGAUUCUGUUAUGAUACCGAAAUCCAUUCCAUCACCUCAACCAUCAUCGCCUAUAUCAGUACCGCCCAAAUCUGAAACGGAUUAUUCGAAUCUACCUUCAAGUUUACCUCCAGUUUUUCCCUUCUCUUCUAUUAAUCCAAUGAAUAUGGAUCUUCCGAUAUCUAGUUGUUCAUCGUCUGCAGAACGGUUAGAUGAGUCAACCAGUAAUCUUAAUCACUACCUCGACAAUGCUUCCGUUGAUAGUAGCUAUCAUAAGGAUAAUAGUUUACAGUCUAUUGAUAAAUUAGAAGAUAAUGAUGUAAAUAUCGACGAGUACAGUGUCGACCUGCCGUCUACUUCUGUGUAUAAUAAUCCUAAUCCUCAAUUCAACGUACCUGUUACCGAGUUAAGAGUUGUUAGUCCUGUUGUUGGCAAUGGAACUACCGUUGCCUCUCCUGCUACUGGUGGAAGGCCACAACAUCGUGUUCUAGCUAGACGAAAAUAUGGUAUAUGCAGUCCUCCGGCUUGUUUAGAGGAAUUAACACAGGCUUUAAUCUCACAACAACAGCAACAACAACAACAGUCUUCUUCAAUGAACGACAGAGAUAUUACGGACGAUGAAAACUUCCAGUAAUAAUAAUAAUAAUAUAAUAAUCAGCGCAUCCAUCAACACAUUUAGAUCGUAGCAGUUUUUAUCGACUGAAAUAACGCGAAACCUAUUGGAACACAAAAGUAGGGAUAAAUUCUCUGUUCAUUGAUUACACAGUCAUCUUAUAGUUAAACUACAGUCUGUUAAACAGCAGAAACCUCAAGAUAUCCCGUUUAUUAUACCAAUGUCUUUCAUCCUUGUUCACGGUUUAAAAAUAAUAUCACCUAUCGGCAAUUGAAUAAUAUAUCGUUUAUUGUUUCUAUUUCAUUAUUAUUAUUAUUAUUACUAUUAUUGUUGUUAUUCACCCUAGUACUUGAUGACAAGUAUACACGUUUUUAAUAUCUAUGUAUUAGUAGUAAGUAUAUCUAUCAUACAUAAUAUUAUACACAGAGCACACUUAUACAUUUUCAUUUCAUUGUCUCUGUGUGGCUGGGAGAGCGACUUAUCCCUCGUACUCACAUCUACUACACUCAUUUUCUUUUCAGAGCAUUUUCUUCCCAUUAUAAUACUACUUACUAUUUUUUGGGGGAUUGUUUUACUUUUCAACCAUCUAUUCAUUCAUUAUUUCACAUAUUCUUCAUUUUCAGUAAAUUUUAAACGUUAUUGAAUCAAGAUGUGCAGUAGUUAGUUAUAUAAUAUACAUCUCGAUGGAAAUACCAAUUGUCAUAAAUCAUGUCCAUGUAUAUCUUAGUCUGUGUGUGUGCGUGUGCUCGCGCGCGCGCGCGAGUGAGUACGUAACUGUUCAUAUAUAUUUGUGGUCUACCUACCCAUAAAUAUUAUCGUUAUUAUUAUUAUUAUCAUCCGACUUUACGCCCUUUUAUUUAUCUUUUCUAAUAAUAAGUUUCCAGGCGUUAAUAUAUACAUAUUAUGUUAUCUGUAUAUACAAUGUGUGAGUGUGUGUGUUGUGUACAUAUGUGCUUUCUUAAUAAGCAGAAUGAAACAUGCACAUUACAUACAUUUCACAUUUGAUUGCCCAUUUGAUUUGUUGUUUUUUUUAAUCCCUAAUGAUAUAAUAAUUGUGCCUAAGCUUUUCUCUCGAAUUUUUUCUUCCUGUCUCUUUCUCUUAUUUUUUUUAUGUCAUUGUAUCAAUUGAAAACUGUGAUUUAUUUAUUAUUUAUAUAUUUAUUUAUAUGCACACCGUGCAUAUAGAUAGAGUCCUAGGCGCCUCUUCGUCUACGAAUAUUUCACCUCCAUUAUCUCCCAGUUACCUACCAUACAUAUAUCUUAUUGUAUUUAUCGAAGAAAAAUGUGUGUGUAAUUCUUAUUUGCAAUUGGGCAAACAGUGUUCACUUUAUUUGUUGUAUAGAUAUAAAGAAAUAAAACCCUAUAAAUUAUAUACAUAUAUAUAAAAUAUACAUUCAUUUGAAAUUGAUUACCACCCUGUUACCAACCCUCUGGUAUUAAUCUUCUUAUUCGUUUAUAUUUAUCAUUACUCUGUAGAGGACUUGAUUCCCACUGUUAUUGUAACUGUUUUUAGUCAACGAACAUUCUGAUAAAUGUUUUUUUUUUGCAGAAUACUAUGCCUAUCUACUAUCUCAUGAAAUAUAACCGAUAAGCGGGCCGAUUUGGUGAGGUGGUGGUGGUAUGCAAUCCUCUAGUGUGUGUGUAUAAACUUGCUGCUUAUAGAGUUUGUGCGUUUUAUUAUAGUUUUGAAGUGUGUUUACACAAAAAGGGUGGAUGAUUCUUGAUUUUUUUCAUAACACGUUAAUCUCAACUAUCUGUGAACUGUG